CGUUACAUGCCUAGUUGUCGUACAACAGCAUAAAAUCAAAUCAGUGACAGACAGCAAGGCUAAGAGAGUGGAAUUGAUUAUUGUUCGAGCAUUCAUUCUAUCUCGAUAUUGAUUUAAAAUAAAUAUGAAAAUCAUCGGCGGUAUCGAAAAUAUUACAAAAAGAGAGGAAGAUUAUCUGAUCAAAUACAAAACGGGCGAAACAGCUAAAGUAUACGUUAUAAAUAGUCAUGUUUUCAGAUAUUACAUGUCACCUAAUGGAGAAUUUUUUGACUAUCCAAUACCAAACAAUCCUGAUGAUAAUGCAAAAAUUACAAUUAAAAACAUUGCCGAUUACGAUGAAGAUUCAUUUAAGAAAUCCUCUAUGAAAGACGUUGAUAAAUAUUAUGAAAUCGAAUUAAAUAAAGUUCAAAUACAAUUUGAUAAGAUAAAUGGAAUAAUGAGCGUGUACGAUAAAAGAACAAACAAAGUGGCGAUAGAGGAAUCUAGUCCUUUGUCUUAUGAUGACGAUAUAACAGUACAGACACUAUAUCAAAAGAAGGACGAGUACUUUUUCGGAGGUGGCAUGCAAAAUGGACGAUUUACACACAAAGGAAAUAUUAUCCACAUAGUUAAUACAAAUAACUGGGUAGAUGGAGGAGUUACUUCUCCUUGUCCAUUUUACUGGUCAUCAUAUGGAUAUGGCGUACUAAGACAUACUUGGCAACCCGGUGUCUAUGAUUUCGGAUCCGAAUCUCUCGAUUUUGUAACAACUACCCACAAAACUGAUCAUUUCGAUGCAUUUUACUUUAUAAACUCCGAACCGCGUGAUAUACUUGGUGAUUAUUACGAAUUAACAGGUCAACCGAUCUUUAUGCCCGAAUAUGCAUUUUAUGAAGCGCAUUUGAACGCUUUCAAUAGAGAUUAUUGGGUAAAAACAACACCAGAAACGCCCGGCGCAAUAUUAUUCGAAGAUGGUAAUUACUAUAAAAGUUAUAAACCGAAUGAAAUGGGAGACAAAAAAGGCAUACUGGAAUCAUUGAACGGAGAAAAGGACAAUUAUCAAUUUUCAGCACGCGCAAUGAUUGAUCGUUAUAGAAGACAUGAUAUGCCUUUAGGUUGGUUUAUACCAAAUGAUGGUUACGGAUCAGGGUACGGACAAACAAAUUCGUUAGACGGUGAUAUUGAAAAUUUAAAGGAGUUUGCAGAUUAUGCUAGAGAAAAAGGUGUUGAAGUGGCUCUGUGGACUGAAUCUAACUUACAUCCUGCAGAUCCUUUACAUCCCAAAAAAGGGGAAAGGGAUUUGGGUAAGGAACUGAGUGUGGCGAAAGUGGUUGCAUUGAAAUGCGACGUCGCUUGGAUCGGAUAUGGCUACUCCUUCGGUUUGAAUGCAGUUGACGAUGUUACAAAGAUAUUUAUUUCGAAAACCAACGUAAGACCGAUGAUUAUAAUGGUAGAUGGAUGGGCUGGUACACAACGCUACUCUGGUAUUUGGAGCGGUGAUCAAACAGGCGGUCAGUGGGAAUACAUACGCUUCCAUAUACCGACUUAUAUCGGAUCUGGACUAUCGGGUCAACCUCUUAUUGGUUCAGAUAUGGAUGGGAUAUAUGGUGGAAAAGAGAGAGAGGUGAAUAUCCGCGACUAUCAGUGGAAGACUUUUACACCGUUGCAACUGAACAUGGACGGAUGGGGACGUAUUCCAAAGACACCAUUUAGCUUCGACGAUGAAGCUAUCAGUAUAAACAGAGCAUAUUUAAAACUAAAAUCGAUGUUUCUACCUUACAACUAUACGAUAGGCCACGAAUCGAUUAGAGGUCUACCAAUGAUAAGAGCUAUGUUCCUGGAAUACCCAAAUGAAAGCCUUGCUUACACCAAAGAAUGUCAAUAUCAGUUUAUGUGGGGACCUAAUAUACUAGUAGCCCCGAUUUAUGAAGAGGGUUUCAAUCGCGAUGGUGUUUACCUACCUGAUAAAAAUCAAGUUUGGAUAGAUUUCUUUACUGGUGAAAAAAUACAAGGCGGUAAAAUCAUUAACAAUUUAGAUAUACCUCUAUGGAAAAUUCCUGUUUUUAUAAAAGACGGAGCUAUAAUACCUAUGACAAAGCCUAAUAAUAACCCUAAUGAAAUAGACAGAAGUAUUAGAAUUUUCACAGUAUAUCCAAAUAAUGAUUCAAAGUUUAAUGUUUACGAAGAUGAUGGUAUAUCAAGUGAUUAUUUGAAGGACCAGUUUGCUACAACUGAAAUUAUUGUCAAUGGACCGGCGUCAAACGAACAAGGAGAUCUCCUCAUAAGUAUAGAAAAGACAAAAGGUAAUUAUAAGAGUAUGAUGAAAGAAAGAACGACAUUACUUCAGAUAAUGGCUUCACAAGACGUUGAACAUGUAAAAGCAGCAAUCAAUGGACAGCCCCUACUAAUAACAAAAGCACCAAGCUUUGACGAAUUCGAAAAAUCCGUAAACGCAUUUUUCUUUAAAAAUGAUUUCGAAAUUAAUCCUUAUUUAGCUCAAUUUAAUAACAUACCACAAGCAGUUUUGUUAAUAAAAAUUGGAGACUUAGAUAUAACGUCCCAUCACAUACAAAUAAAAGUAAAAGAUUAUGCCAAUAUUACUAAAGUGUUGGGUAAAAAUUUAAACGUGAAUAAUGAUUUGGCAACACCAAAUAAUUUCGAAGUAGCGGGCGAAGUAACAUCCACUAAUAUAACACUGCAAUGGUCGGAAAUUGAUAAAGUAUAUUAUGAAAUUGAAAAAGAUGGAAUUAUUUAUAGCAGCAUAAAACGAACAAAAUUUACAUUCCAAGAUUUAAAGUAUAAAACAGAAUAUUUAUUCAGAAUUCGUGUCGUAAACGAGUAUGGCGUAUCAGAAUGGAGUGAUUCUAUUAAAGUGAAAACGUUAGAUGAUCCAUAUAAAAACGUUAUUAAAGGUGUUAAAGUAAAAUGUAACAUUCCUUGUCAGCCUUGUCAAGAAAUAUGCAAUUUAACUGAUGGUGCUUUGACAUCAUUAUGGCACACACAUUGGCACAAACCUAUACAGAAGUGUAAUUUGAAAUUAACCUUUGAUUUAGGAAAUGUAUAUCAUUUAGAAAAAUUUGAAUACACACCUCGAGAUGAUGCGGGAAACGGAACGUUUUUAAAGAUCCAGUACAGAUAUUCGAUUGAUGGUAAAAAUUGGAGUUCGUUAACGAAACCCAUAAUAUUGGAACAUAACUCAUCCGUCAAAACUGUAGACUUACAAGGAAUCAAACUAAGACAUUUCGAACUGAUUAUACUAGAUAGUGUUGGAGGUUUUGGAUCUGGUAAACAAAUAAGAUUCUAUAAAAAGAUUUAAUGAAAAUAAACAUUGAAAAUUUCAAAUUAAAAAAUAAUGC